GCUGCUGUUCUAGGAGUGUCGACUGUCACUCUCGUGAGCAGCGCAGGGGUCAGUUGGAGCCGCUACCAACUCCGGUGCACGACCAGUUUACAACAGCUGUCGGAACAAAGUGCAAAACGCAAAUAGAAGUAAAAAGGUCAAGGGCUUUUGGAACGUGUCCAUUCUUCCCCAGGAAAUUAAAACACAUUUUCCGUUUUGGGCUAAAGAAGGAGGUGACACUUCUCUUUUCUGUUGUGGCACUGGGGACAUCCAGGAACUUGUGAGUGUGGGUGGUGUUCAAUAGACUGCGAUGCACCGCUUAAGGACUUGUGCGGCACGGCUUCGGCCAAUCACUGCCUCUCAGACUGCUAAAAAUCUAUCACAGCAGAGGCCAGCAUCCACCCCUAGGACGUUUCAGCCAUUCAGGUGCUACACUGCACCGGUGGCCGCAGAGCCGUUUCUGAAUGGAACAAGCUCCAACUAUGUCGAGGAGAUGUACUAUGCAUGGUUGGAGAAUCCCAAGAGUGUGCACAAGUCUUGGGACAUUUUCUUCAGGAAUGCUAAUGCUGGUGCUCCUCCAGGUACAGCCUACCAGAGUCCUCCUCCACUGGGAGUGAGUCUGGCCGGGCUUGCUCAAGCCCAGUCUCUGGUGGGGGCUCAACCGAAUGUGGAGAAACUGGUGGAAGACCAUUUGGCAGUCCAAUCCCUCAUCAGGGCCUAUCAGGUAAUGGGGCAUCACAAUGCAAGCCUUGACCCACUUGGCAUCAGUUGUGUAAAUUUUGACGAGACCCCAGUAGCUACUGGGUUCCAGCAUAUACGUGGUCACCAUGUGGCUCAGCUGGACCCUCUUGGGAUUAUGGAUGCUGAUCUGGAUUCAUGCGUUCCCACCGACAUUAUUACGUCAUCGGAUAAACUCGGUUUCUAUGGGCUGGAAGAGUCUGAUCUAGAUAAAGUAUUCCGCUUGCCCACCACCACCUUUAUUGGGGGCAAUGAGAGCGCUCUGCCCCUUAGGGAGAUCAUCCGCCGCUUGGAGAUGGCAUAUUGCCAACACAUAGGGGUUGAGUUCAUGUUCAUCAAUGACCUGGACCAGUGUCAGUGGAUCAGACAGAAGUUUGAGAGGCCUGGGGUUAUGCAGUUCAGCCUUGAGGAGAAGCGGACACUGUUGGCUCGCAUGGUUCGCUCCACCAGGUUUGAGGAGUUCCUGCAGAGGAAAUGGUCGUCUGAGAAGCGCUUUGGGCUGGAGGGCUGUGAGAGUCUGAUCCCUGCGCUCAAAACCAUCAUUGAUAAAUCCAGCAAAAACGGAGUAGAUGCUGUCAUCAUGGGAAUGCCUCACAGAGGACGUCUGAAUGUGCUUGCCAAUGUUAUCCGUAAGGAACUGGAGCAGAUUUUCUGUCAGUUUGACUCUAAAUUGGAAGCUGCUGAUGAGGGUUCAGGAGAUGUCAAGUACCACUUGGGCAUGUACCACAGGAGGAUAAAUCGUGUGACUGACAGGAAUAUUACCUUGUCAUUGGUGGCCAACCCUUCCCAUCUAGAAGCGGUGAACCCGGUGGUGCAGGGCAAAACUAAGGCAGAUCAGUUCUACUGUGGAGACACAGAUGGCAAUCGGGUGAUGUCCAUUCACAUCCAUGGUGACGCUGCAUUCGCAGGUCAGGGCAUUGUCUAUGAAACCUUCCAUCUGAGCGAUCUGCCCUCCUACACCACACACGGCACUGUGCAUGUGGUUGUCAACAACCAGAUUGGUUUCACCACAGAUCCUCGUAUGGCGCGCUCCUCGCCGUAUCCCACUGAUGUUGCCCGUGUGGUCAAUGCCCCCAUAUUCCACGUCAACGCAGACGAUCCUGAAGCUGUGAUGUACGUGUGCAAUGUGGCCGCAGAGUGGAGAGCCACCUUCCACAAAGAUGUGGUGGUGGAUCUGGUAUGUUAUCGCCGAAUGGGCCACAACGAGAUGGAUGAGCCGAUGUUCACCCAGCCACUGAUGUACAAACAGAUCAAGAAGCAGAAAGGAGUUCUUCAGAAAUAUGCUGAGAAGCUCAUCGCCGAAGGUGCCGUCUCACGACAAGAGUAUGAGGAAGAGAUUGCCAAGUAUGACAAAAUUUGUGAGGAAGCUCAUGCUCGCUCAAAAGAUGAGAAGAUCCUCCACAUCAAGCACUGGCUGGACUCCCCCUGGCCAGGUUUUUUUACUCUGGAUGGCCAGCCCAAGAGCAUGAGCUACCCGUCCACCGGUCUGCCAGAGGAGGAUCUGACCAACAUCGGACAAGUGGCGUCAUCAGUACCCGUAGAGGAUUUCACAAUUCAUGGAGGUCUGAGUCGUAUUCUAAAGGGCCGUGGUGAAAUGAUCAAGAACAGGAUGGUGGACUGGGCUCUGGGAGAGUACAUGGCCUUUGGCUCUCUGCUCAAGGAGGGCAUCCAUGUGCGUCUCAGUGGCCAAGAUGUGGAGAGAGGAACCUUCAGUCACCGUCAUCAUGUUCUCCAUGAUCAAAAUGUGGACAAGAGGACUUGCAUCCCAAUGAACCACAUGUCCCCUAACCAAGCCCCGUACACUGUCUGCAACAGCUCUCUGUCCGAGUAUGGAGUUCUAGGCUUUGAGUUGGGCUUUGCCAUGGCCAGUCCCAAUGCUCUGGUUCUGUGGGAGGCCCAGUUUGGAGACUUCCAUAACACAGCUCAGUGUAUAAUAGACCAGUUCAUUUGCCCUGGACAAGCUAAAUGGGUCCGCCAAAAUGGCAUCGUCUUACUGCUGCCACAUGGCAUGGAGGGGAUGGGUCCAGAGCACUCAUCUGCCCGUCCAGAGCGCUUCCUGCAGAUGUGCAAUGAUGACCCUGACUUUAACCCUAAAAUCACUGAUGACUUUGAGGUGCGUCAGCUGUAUGACUGCAACUGGAUUGUUGUAAACUGUUCAAAUCCUGCCAACUAUUUCCACGUGAUGAGGAGGCAGAUCCUCCUUCCCUUCAGGAAACCUCUUAUUAUCUUCACCCCCAAAUCUCUUCUGCGUCAUCCGGAGGCCAAGUCUAGCUUUGACCAGAUGCUACCAGGGACUCAUUUCCAGCGUGUGAUCCCAGAUGAUGGACUCCCAGCUCAAAACCCCUCAGAGGUGAAGCGCAUUGUCUUCUGUACAGGGAAAAUCUAUUACGAGCUCACACGUGAACGAAAAUUACGCAACAUGGAGAACUCUGUGGCUAUCACUCGCAUUGAGCAGCUCUCUCCUUUCCCGUUUGACCUGGUGAAGGCUGAGACUGAGAAAUAUCCCAAUGCUGACCUGGUCUGGUGUCAAGAGGAGCAUAAGAACCAGGGAUACUAUGACUACGUCAAGCCCCGCAUGCGCACCACCAUUGAACGUGCCAAGCCUGUCUGGUAUGCUGGUCGUGAGCCUGCCGCUGCCCCAGCCACUGGCAACAAGAACACCCAUCUUCUGGAGCUGAAGCGUUUCCUCGACACUGCCUUUAACCUGGACGCCUUCAAAGACCACAUCUAAAUCUGUCCUCCAAUCAACAAAGAAUACAAAAACUCACAAAUACCCCAUUCAUCCUGACAACAAAAUACACUACACAAAACCAUUAUAAUCAUCCCAUGAAUAAUAGUAAUACUGUUUCUCCUGUGUUAAGUAUCAGGUAUCUGAAAUUUUCAGUUCAUGUUCAUUUUUUAAGUCUUUGUCACCAUUGUUGCCCAGUUCAACAACACCAAAUAUAAUAAACUACAGAAAAUACAAAUUCUCUUGCUUGAGCAAAUAAAUAAACAGCACAAAUUUUAA